CUUUUUUCGGCACUCGAAGCCGCCCGAGUCUCCCCGGUGUCUUUCUUCGCUCGCUUUCUUUUCCCUCCCUUCCUUUCUAACCGCCUAUCCCCGCUUCCAAAAAGGUGGCCGGGAAAGGCGGAAGGGAAGAACUUGGCAAACGGGCAUCCGAGCCAAAGAAGGACAAGGCUUCCCACGCCGGUUCAUCAAGGUCAGCACUAUGACUGAUGGGGACUAUGACUAUUUGAUCAAACUCCUGGCCCUCGGGGAUUCUGGGGUUGGAAAGACUACUUUGCUUUACAGAUACACAGACAACAAGUUCAACCCAAAGUUCAUCACGACAGUAGGCAUCGACUUUCGAGAAAAGCGUGUGGUGUACAACAGCCAGGGGUCAAGUGGUUCUUCUGGAAAAGCCUUUAAGGUCCAUCUGCAGCUAUGGGACACAGCUGGGCAAGAGAGAUUCAGAAGUCUCACCACAGCCUUUUUCAGAGAUGCCAUGGGCUUCUUGCUAAUGUUUGAUCUCACCAGUCAACAGAGCUUCUUGAAUGUCAGAAACUGGAUGAGUCAGUUGCAAGCAAAUGCUUAUUGUGAAAACCCCGACAUUGUAUUAAUUGGAAAUAAAGCUGACCUUGAUCAGAGGGAGGUCAAUGAAAGACAAGCAAAAGAACUUGCAGACAAAUAUGGCAUCCCAUACUUUGAAACAAGUGCAGCGACUGGACAAAAUGUGGACAAAGCCGUGGAGACACUCUUGGACUUAAUAAUGAAACGAAUGGAACAGUGUGUUGACAAGUCUCAGCUCUCUGACACAGCCAAUGGUGGGAGUUCAGGAAAACUGGUGUCGCCCAAAUCUGAUGAGAAGAAAUGUGCUUGUUGACUUGGCCAUUCAGGUUGAAGAAAAGGAAUGAGAAAUCAGAAUGACCAAAUGCUAAAUUCAACCUGGAACUCCAUGGACCAAAUGAGACUGCUGUUGUUGUCUUAAGCAAGCCUGAUUUUGUUUUUUCCAAUGCUGAGAAAUCAUGCUUCUGCAUUCAAACAGGUGUAAACCAUCUUCAUAGAAAAUCCAGAGGCUCUUUUCUUCUUCAUACAAUAGGCAAGUAAAUACAGAAAAAAAUAUCUGCUUUGGGGAGAGGACCAUUGAAAUGUUAGGAGACACCUUUACAAUAAAACAAAGGGUUGUCUUUGUUGGCCUGAGCCAUCAUUUCUCAUCUCUUUGCCCUCUAUUAUGACAUACAUUGUAUGUUUGCUAAACAGGUGAUGAAAAAACAUCCCAAAGAAUAUGUGGUGUGACUCAUUGUAAACGUCUUUAUGGUUUUGAAUACCAAAAAGUUCACUGUUGUUUCAUUCAGUUGACCAUUCUCGUAAGGCGAGAUCUGAUUAAAAUUGCAAUGUAGUCAUUAGGUGGCAUUGGAGAUAGAGGUGGACUGUAGAAAGAAGAUGUCCAUACAAUAUAGUAGCGUGUUGGAAAAUCACAAGGUUUGCUCAAAGCUGAAAAGUACCAUGUGCCUUGAAAUACUUGGCCAAGUAUUUCAUUGGUGACUCAGAGAGUGAUAUUCCAAUGGAAUCCCCAUUCAUUAAGAGGUAGUAUGUAUUUAUUAAGUUCUAUAUGAUAGUUAACAUUUCUAAUUAAUUCUAAUGCUCUAAUUAACACAAUAUAUGUAUGUAUGUAUGUAUGUAUGUAUGUAUAUAUGUAUAUGUAUAAUAUAUAUA